AUGCCCCUCGGGGUGCGGCCAGGACCCUCUUCGAGAUUCCCCCUCGGCGACAGCCCGGUGCGGGUGGUGCUGUUGUUGGUGCUGUUGGGGGUGCUGUUGGUGGCGCGGCGGCGCGCGUCCCAAGACCGACAAGGGCAAAACCGUUCCGCCGCAAGAUGCGGCUGUGCCGGGUGCCGCGCUAUGCUGCAAGCCUGGCGCCGCAAAGUUCUCCGGGUGGCGGGUUUCGCCGGCUUUCUCUGGGCGCUGCGGGGCGCUUGGCCUUGCCGCCGCGGCGGGGCAGCCGGCCCCGUCUUGCUUUGGAAUUGCUGUUUUUGUGGUGUUUUUGGGUGUCUCGCGGCGGUGUUUUUUUGGCGGAAGGCGGUUUUUGAGGAGCCAAGGCCGCUCUGGCUGGCGGUGCGGUGGCGGGGCGUUCGCUGUUUUGCGGGGCUUCCCGUGGCUCCUUGUGCACGAAAGUGCGGAAGGCGCGAUGACAGAUAG